UAAAUGGCAAAUGGUGCAUCAACUCUGAGGGGGACAGAGCUCCAUACCUCCAGUACAGAUGAGCACGGAUACCGCUGCCUUUCCCUCAGGACUGUACGCAAGGAAAACAUGAGUCUUGAUGGAGACACAUUAUCAGUGAUUGAAAACCCAGCAGCUGUCAGUCAUCCUUUUCAAUCAGAGACAAAAGAAGGAGUUGUGGGAACUAAAGGAGUCCAAGGCUGGUUAAAAGGCAUUCAUUCAUCUACUCAUGCUCGCAGACUGGUGAGGCUGCUGGCAGCGGUGUGUGCGGUCGGACUCCUGGGAGGCUUAGUUGUAGGUGUCUGGUUUCUAGUCAAACUUCUGCUGAGACCGUCCUCUUCCCAAACUUCAGUAGGGCUUGGGGAUUCAAAGGAGACGUCUUUCUGUAAUGUGACUGAGGAUGGUUCUAUCUCCGACCCAAGAAAAGUGUUUUACAGAAUCAGUCCAGAAAACUCCCUCCUGGAGAUCCAGCUGGGGAAGCUGCCUACUUGGCUGCCGGUGUGCUAUGAAAGGUGGAACGCAUCCCUGGGAACACUGGUUUGCAGACAACUGGGUUAUCUGAGACUGACCAAGCACAAAGGAGUGAAUCUAACAGAUAUCGGACCAAACUACACUGACGGCUUUAUACAAAUUACCUCAGAGCACAAUAACAGGCUGGAAAAUAUGUGGCAGUUCAGGGAGAGCUGUAUCACAGGGAAGGUUAUUGCAUUGCAAUGUUUUGAGUGUGGAACACGUGCAAAGCUGCCCAGGAUAAUAGGGGGGGUUGAGGCCACGCUGGGCAGGUGGCCUUGGCAGGUCAGCCUCUACUACAGCAACCGUCACACCUGCGGAGGCUCCAUCAUCACCACUCAAUGGAUAGUAACAGCUGCCCACUGUGUACACAACUACAGGCUACCUCAGGUGUCGAGCUGGGUGGUCUAUGCUGGCAUCGUGACCCGCAGCUCUGCUAAAAUGGCUCAGCAUACAGGAUAUGCUGUGGAGAAAAUCAUCUACAACAAAAACUACAACCACAGGACUCAUGACAGUGAUAUCGCUCUAAUGAAGCUGCAAACACCACUCAAUUUCUCUGAUGCAAUUAGGCCCAUCUGUCUGCCCCAGUAUGACUAUGAUAUCCCAGGUGGUACACAGUGCUGGAUUUCUGGAUGGGGUUACACACAGCCUGAUGGUGUUCAUUCACCUGACACCCUGAAAGAGGCACCCGUUCCAAUAAUAAGCACGAAAAAAUGCAACAGCACCUGCAUGUAUAAUGGAGAGAUCACAUCACAGAUGCUUUGCGCCGGAUACAUCGAGGGGAAAGUGGAUGCAUGUCAGGGGGACAGUGGGGGUCCUCUGGUUUGCCAAGAUGAAAAUGUGUGGAGGCUGGUUGGGGUUGUCAGCUGGGGGACAGGUUGUGCUGAACCAAACCAUCCUGGGGUUUACACCAAAGUAGCUAAGUUUUUGGGCUGGAUAUAUUAUAUGAUUGAGGUAAAGACCCCAACCUGCAAAUGACAUCACCAUGUAUUUUGACAGAAAUAAUAGCGUAAUGCUGAUGUAUACUUCUACUCUGCCUUUAUAUGACAGCUGUUCUAUAAUAAAACUAACUGUUAGCUUAUUAUAUAGGAAUCAGUACAAAAUUUAGGUACUUGUACAAUUUAGUUUGUAAAAUACUUUGAAUUUGCCUUGUGCCAGUGUUUAUUGAGGUUCACUGAAAUCUAAGCAGGGGCUUCUGUUUGAAUUGUCUUGAACUUCAUAGUUAAAUUAGAUUGAAAUGCUUUUUUAAUGUCUUUUUUUCAAUUAUCUCUAAGUAUUCCUACUUAUACUGAACUGAAAAACAUGUUAAGAGGUCCCUCACUCCAUCCAACCAUUAUCAGUUAAUUUCAUAUAAUAACACAAAGGAAGGAGCAAAAUGAAAUAGAAUAAAAUGCAUACUAUUUACCAAUUAUUACUCUCUCUUUGCAGAAUUAUUGAUAGCUCAAGGAACACAAGAAGAGGAUGCUGCUGAAAUAAGGAUAUAUAUGAAAAUUUUAAUUAUAUAUUAUAUAUUUUAAAUGUCUGUCAUAUAUUGUACACAUAUACAGAGUGGAAAUAUAGAAAUACAUUUUUACGUUAUAUUUUUCACGUAUUGAAUAUAAAUUAUGCUUCUGGAAAACGUGUC